AUGGACUGGAGAAAGUUAUUCGGGAAUAAUACUGGUCAAUCCCUAAAUUUCUACCCACCGAGUUUUAAAGAUGGAAUACCUACGAUUAACCCACCUGCUGAGAUAAUUGAAGCUGGGAUUUCGGAAUGGAAGUUUUCUCUUGUUGGGCAAUUCCUUGGUCCGGCUCCCAAUUUUAUGACGAUGCAGCGGAUUGUCGAUCAACUGUGGGCAAAGGCUUCGCAUAACACUCGAGUCCAGGUCAGUCUAGCAGGUUCCAAUCUUUAUAUUUUCUCUUUUGCCUCUAAAUCUGUUAGAGAAUGGGUCCUUGAAAACGGACCAUGGCAUAUUAUUAAUAAACCUCUGAUUUUGAGAAAAUGGGAGCCAAACCUUAAACGUUUAAGCUUUGAUAUCUCUAAAAUCCCAAUCUGGGUUCAUCUCUACAACAUUCCAUUAGAAUUAUUCUCACAAGCAGGCUUAAGUUACAUAGCUAGUGGAAUAGGGAUUCCUAUUUCUAUGGAUUCAGUUACGGCCUCUAAAUCCAUGUUGGAAUUCGCUAAGGUCUGUGUAGAGAUUGGUGUCAAUGACGAAAUUCCAAAAUCUGUUGGUAUUGUUCUCCAAGAUGGUCAAUAUUCUUCUGUUUAUGUUGAAAUUCCCUGGCUUCCUCCACGAUGUAAGAAAUGCAAGAUCUUUGGCCACAAAAAUUGCUUGGUUAAAAUUUCUCCACCUCCUUUACCUACCCAAGUCUGGAAAAAGAAAGAAUCAUCAAGCUCCAAUUCCAACCAGGGUGAAAUGGAGGCUGUUCAAGAACAGGGCAAUCCUAAUCCUAAGGAAACUCCUCAUGCAAAUGAAAAUUUACCUGGUUCAACUUUACCUUCUGAUAUCAGCAUUCCUAACUCUACCCCUCCUGAGAAGAGCCAUUAUUUGGAUGUUAGCAUUGCCCUUAACAAUAUUACCACUUCUAAUUCCUCAGUUGAUUCAGUACUGAAAAAUUAUAUUGAGCCUCUUUCCUCAACAGUAGUUGAACCACAUAUUCCUAAACGUGGUAAAGGUAGGCCUCCCAAAGAAAAAAACACUCUUGUUGGUUCUAUGAAUAGAUUUGAGCUUCUCAACUCAAUUGAUGAAGCUCCCCUAGUCAAGAUGCCCCUCAAAGAAAAAUCAGAAUUGCUUCCAAGGGUGUUGCUGAACUGGAUAAAUCUUUGGCUUAAUCUUCAUGACUUGGAUAGAGGCUUUGGUCGCCUCCCUUGGAUUUUGGGAGGUGAUUUCAACUUCACUCUGCAUCCUAAUGAAAGCUCAGACUAUGAGCUGCUCUGCCCUUUCUCUUCUCCUGAUAUGAAAGAAUUUCAAUUUGUUACUCAAUACCUUGACCUCCAUGACCAUCCCUUCUUUGGCCCUCUCUUUACUUGGAGCAACAAACAAACUGACUCUUACCUUGCAAGAAAGCUUGACAGAAUCCUUAUUAACUCCAAUUGGGCUAACUCAUUUUCAUUUUCUUUUGUGGAAUUCCUCUCUCCUGGAGUCUCGAAUCACCGCAUGGGUAUUAUAUGGUUUAUUAAAGACACUCCUUCUGAUAGGCCUAAACUGUUUAAGUUCUUUAACUUCUGGACCCGGCACCCCAAUUUUUUGAAAGUGGUUGAACAAUCCUGGCAGAUUGCUUUCCAAGGAGUAGACACCAUUGAUAAGGAACUUCAAGUUCAACAAGAACUGCAUAAUCUUGAAGAAGUCGAACUUCUUUUUUUGAAGCAAAAGGCCAAGAUCCAUUGGAUUAAAGAUGGAGAUAAAUGCUCCAAUUUUUUCCAUUCUGCUGUUGCUGUAAAGAAUAAAAUAUAUACUAUCCGAAUGCUCAUUGAUGACCAGGGUACUAGACUUGAGACAUUUGAUGCAAUGUCCUCAGAAGUAAUUGAUUUCUUUUCCAACUUGAUUGGGAAAGUUGAUCCUAUGGUUAAAGGAGAAAAUCUGCAAUUCUUGAAAGAGCUUCUGAACUACAUUUCUACAGAAACUGAUUCCUCUCUGACCAAGCCAGUAACCUCAGAAGAGAUUAAAGAAGCCAUUUUUGACCAGGGCAACAACAAAGCUCCUGGUCCUGACGGCUACUCCCCACAGUUUUUCAAACAUUCUUGGCCUAUUAUUGGUGAAGAUAUGGUGGCAGCUAUUAAACAUUUUUUCCACCAUUCCACUAUGCUCCCUGCCUUCAAUGCUACUACUAUAGUCUUGGUGCCUAAAAUUCCUAAUCCCAGUAAAGUCAAAGAUUUCAAACCAAUAUCUUGUUGUUCUGUUAUUUAUAAGACUAUCUCAAAGAUAUUGGUCAAAAGACUUUCUGCCUGCUUCACUGAUGCCAGAUUCUCCAUUGCCUUCAAUGGAAGUUUAAUAGGGUAUUUCAAGGGCGCUAGAGGCAUUAGACAAGGUGAUCCUCUUUCCCCUCUUCUCUAUGUUAUUUCAAUGAAUGUUCUCUCUAGAUUGCUUAAUCUUGCUGCUGCAAAGAACCUGAUUAGCUUCCAUCCUAAAUGCAAAAGAAUAUGUCUCACUCAUUUAUCCUUUGCUGAUGACUUGAUGAUUUUUUGUAAAGGCAAUGUUGAUUCGGUUAUUGGAGUUAUUUCUGUUCUUGAACAAUUUUAUGAAAUGUCUGGCUUAAAUCUAAAUGCAUAA